CAGAUGGGGGAGAUCAAUGGCACAUUCCAGCCGGAGACUAAAUCCUGAGCAGUUGUGGCUUUUUUCUGCUCCGCCGAGGCACAGAGCAAAAUGAACUGAACAUGGUGGCGUUUGGAAAUACGGAGUUCAGCGCACAGUUUGGUUCACUGUUUCUUCUGAAAGCAGCCCGGGGUGAAGCGGUCUCGGCUUUCUUACUCAGGUGACCCUAAGAGUCAUGAGGUCCUCUUCCUCCCGUUUAUCGAGUUUUUCUUCCAGAGACUCUCUGUGGAGCCGGAUGCCGGAUCAGAUCUCUGUGUCCGAGUUCCUGGCAGAGACCACGGAGGACUACAACUCACCGACCACAUCGAGCUUCACCACCCGCCUGCAGAGCUGCCGGAACACGGUCAGCGUCCUGGAGGAGGCCCUGGACCAGGACCGGACAGCUUUGCAGAAGGUUAAGAAGUCUGUCAAGGCAAUCUACAACUCGGGACAAGAGCAUGUGCAAAAUGAGGAGAACUACGGGCAGGCGCUGGACAAGUUUGGCAGUAACUUCAUGAGUCGAGACAGCUCAGACCUAGGGGCUGCCUUCAUCAAGUUCUCCAGUCUGGUCAAAGAACUGGCAGCUCUCCUCAAAAACCUGCUCCAGAGUCUCAGCCACAAUGUGAUCUUCACCCUGGACUCUCUGCUGAAAGGCGACCUGAAAGGAGUUAAAGGGGAUCUCAAAAAACCCUUCGAUAAGGCCUGGAAGGACUAUGAGGCAAAGUUUACGAAGAUUGAGAAGGAGAAGCGGGAGCACGCCAAGCAGCACGGGAUGAUCCGCACCGAAAUCACAGGAGCUGAGAUCGCGGAGGAGAUGGAGAAGGAGCGCAGGAUCUUUCAGCUGCAAAUGUGUGAGUACCUGAUCAAAGUAAAUGAGAUAAAGACCAAGAAGGGAGUGGAUCUUCUGCAGAACCUCAUCAAGUAUUAUCAUGCACAAUGCAACUUUUUCCAGGAUGGCUUGAAAACUGCUGACAAGAUGAAGCAGUACAUUGAGAAGUUAGCAGCUGAUCUCUAUAAUAUAAAGCAAACCCAGGAUGAGGAGAAAAAACAGCUCACUGCUCUCAGAGACCUCAUCAAGUCCUCCUUACAGCUGGACCAAAAAGAGUCUAGGAGAGACUCACAGAGCAAGCAGAGUGGCUACAGUAUGCACCAGCUUCAGGGAAACAAGGAGUUUGGCAGUGAGAAGAAGGGCUAUCUGAUGAAGAAAAGUGAUGGACUCCGGAAGGUAUGGCAGAGGAGGAAGUGUUCGGUGAAGGGUGGCAUCCUGACCAUCUCUCAUGCCACAUCCAACAGGCAGCCAGUUAGACUUAACCUGCUCACCUGCCAAGUUAAACCAGGAGAGGAUAAGAAGUGCUUUGACUUGAUCUCCCACAACCGCACAUAUCAUUUCCAGGCAGAGGACGAACAGGAGUUUGUGAUAUGGAUCUCGGUGCUGACCAACAGUAAGGAGGAGGCUCUGAACAUGGCCUUCCGUGGUGAGCAGAGUGCAGGAGAUGACAGCCUGGAGGAUCUCACCAAAGCCAUCAUCGAGGACGUGCUGCGCAUGCCUGGCAAUGAAGUGUGCUGCGACUGCGGAGCGCCAGAGCCUAAAUGGUUGUCCACGAAUCUGGGCAUCCUGACGUGUAUUGAGUGUUCAGGAAUCCACAGAGAGAUGGGCGUUCAUAUCUCACGCAUACAGUCCAUGGAACUGGACAAACUCGGCACUUCAGAACUCUUGCUGGCCAAGAAUAUAGGCAACAGUAGUUUUAAUGAAAUCCUUGAAGGAAAUCUCCCGAGCCCCUCACCAAAGCCUACACCAUUAAGUGACAUGACUGAGAGGAAGGAGUAUAUCAAUGCUAAAUACGUGGAGCACCGGUUUGCGCGAAGGACAGCCACCACAGCCACAGCCAGGCAGGGUGACCUGUUCGAGGCGGUGCGGACUCGAGACCUGCUAGGCCUGGUGCAGCUCUAUGCAGAUGGGGUGGAGCUGCUGGAGCCCUUCCCUGAGGCAGGACAGGACCCUGGGGAGACGGCUUUGCACUUUGCUGUGCGGACUUCAGACCAGACCUCGCUGCAUCUAGUCGAUUUUCUUGUUCAAAAUAGUGGUUCCCUGGACAGGCAGACGGACAGUGGGAACACCGCGCUCCAUUACUGUUGCACCUACGAAAAGCCAGAGUGUCUGAAACUGUUGCUCAGGGGCAAGCCGUGUAUCGAUAUAGUUAAUCAGAAUGGGGAGACAGCUUUGGACAUCGCCAGGAGGUUGAAAAACUCACAGUGUGAUGAGCCCCUGGUGGAGGCAGCUGCUGGAAAGUUCAACCCUCAUGUCCACGUGGAGUAUGACUGGAACCUGCGGCUGGAGGAGAUUGACGAAAGUGAUGAUGACCUAGAUGACAAGCAGCCAAGCCCAGUGAAGAAGGAGCGUUCUCCACGACCACAGAGCUUCUGCCACUCGUCCAGCGUCUCUCCACAGGAGAAGCUGUCCCUGCCAGGUUACUUGGGCCACAAGGACAAACAGCGGCUCUCGUACGGAGCCUUCGCCAACCCCGUCUGCAGCACCUCAGUUGACCAGCCGUCCUCACCUGGCGCAGAUGGCCCUGCAGUGGCUAUCAAGAGCACCACUAAAGCUCCCUCCACUGGACCUCCAACCUCCCUCCCUUUGGGCUCCCAGCCAUGUACAAGUGGCAGCUCCACUCUUUCUAAGAAGAGAGCUCCUCCACCUCCCCCAGGAGGCCACAAACGCACGCUCUCAGACCCCCCCAGCCCUGUGCUCCAGGGCCCCCAGAGCAAAGGAAGUGAGUUGACACCUCCACCUGCAAACAGGACAUCUCCUGCUAAUAAAUUUGAAGGAAUUCAGCAGCAGCAAAGCACUACUUCUAGUAAUACAAAAUCAACACUUGGUCCACGAGUCUUACCCAAACUACCUCAAAAAGUGGCAUUACGAAAGACUCCAGUCAGUGUCCCCUCAGUCGAUAAGCCAAGUCAAGGCCCUGAGGUGCUGCAGAAGCCCGUACAGACUGUAGACACGCCCACCAGAGCUUCAGACACACCAAUAAGAGCCGCAGACACAAUCACCAGACCCACAGAGCCUCCACCCAAAAUUCCACAGCUGGCAGAGAGGCCUACGCCAGGCGAGAUUCCACCCAAACCACACGUCUUAGACUUGCCCCCUAAGCCGCAGUUAUCUGACCUUCCCCCAAAACCGCAGCUAUCUGAAUUACCCCCCAAACCUCAGCUAUCUGAUCUUCCCCCUAAACCUCAACUGAAGGAUCUUCCACCUAAGCCACAGCUCUCAGACCUCGUCUCAAAACCCCCUGUGUCCACGACUAUGGAGCCCACACAGAAACAGCCAACGUUAGAAGAAGCCACUCCCAAACCGCAUCUGUCUGAGGCACAAACCUCCAGUCAGCAGGGCGAGCUCUCACCCAGGCAGGCUAGUGAGGAUACUAACGGUGCACCAGCAGGUGCAGUGGAGAUGCCUGUCCCGCUGCCACGAAAAAUAAACAUGGGGAAGAGCAAAAUCAAGAGGGUCAAGACCAUCUACGAUUGCCAAGCCGACAAUGAUGACGAACUGACCUUCGCUGAGGGAGAGGUCAUCGUCGUCACUGGAGAAGAGGACCAGGAGUGGUGGAUUGGGCACAUAGAGGGUCAGCCAGAGAGGAAAGGGGUCUUCCCUAUGUCAUUUGUGCACAUUCUGUCUGACUGACAUCAUGACUGGCAGGUGUGAAGCCCAUCCCCCUAGCACAAACUCCGCCUCUCUACUCUCACUGGACUGCUGGCUCCUCCUCUGUAUAUAGCUGCUGUAACCCAACCAAAUCUCAAGAACCUAAACAGGAAAAAAAAUACCGUAUCAAUUCCACACUCUCAGAAACAUGAAGGGUGAAAUGCGUACAGUACGUGUUGUUAUAAACUGCGUUAUCCUGCCUACCAGUAUUACCGUAGCCAUGGCAACCCAGCAUGCUGACCUGGGUUUGCAGUAGCUAUCCUCGGAAAACUAGCACUUAACAUUUCUCAGUGUAUGCUGUAACUUUGUGUAUGUGUGCACAUAUGGAAUUAUAUGUAUGUCCAUAUUAAGUGUGUCUAUGUACAUACAUAUGCACAAAUGUAAGUGUAUAUUUAUGUACUUAUGUAUGAUGUAAGUGUGCAAACGUAUGUUAACCCCUGCUUGCUUAUGGAGUCUGCCUGACCCCAAGACAUUUUAGCUUCGUGUUUUCAGACUCAUCUCUUGAAUUCCUGGAAAGACUAAUGGAUCAAUGGAUAAAGGUUUGGCUGAAUAUUAUAGCAGUGUUGAUAGAAGAACAGUGGCAUGAUGAACAGGGAUGAAAACUUUAAUGGUUGUAGACCUCUAAGCAUCUCAUCUCCUAUGCAUAAAUAGUUGUAACUCAGUUAAGGCAAAUUGAGUUCAGUUGGAAAAGGAAAACAGAAUGCAUCAUUGCGUUUGUCUUGUAACUUUCAGUGCCGUGUUAAAGACUCAUCUCCAGCUCCAGAGGAUGCCUGGUGUUCUGGUCAGUGUCUUAGUGUCCACACCGCACUGAUGGCCAACCAUGUGAGUCCUUGCAGCUAUCUUAAAGGCAGAUCAGAUCUUGCAGAACUUGGGGAAAGUGUCCUUGCCCUUUUGGAUCGUGGCAUAAAGCAUAUGCACAACACCAAGCAUACCUGCUCUUCUGCCCUGAUCCAUCUAAAGCCAUGUAUACUGACCUUCCCCUCACACUGCGGUCAAAACAGCUUGGUUGUGGACCUGCGCACGUUGACCUGCACUGGUAAUACAGGUUCAGGAUGCGAAUCUUUUUUUAUUGUCUACUUACAAUAACUGUGGAAUGUGACUUUUUUGUUUUUUAGUUUUAUUUGUAUGUUUGUUUUUGUUUGAAAUUGAAUUCAGGAGAACAAAGCAAUGAGUGACUGGCUCAGUGAUGUGGCUCAGAAUGAACUUAACGCUGCCUCCUGACUUUUCCUCAACCAGGGAGACGAGCUUUCAACUCUAGGGUUUUUAACGUAUUGUUGUAUUAACAGAAGAUGAUGUAUUAAUGAAUGCCUCCUGUACUAAUUUGUUGUUGAUAGUAUUUGCCAUUUAUAGGGCUACAGUAUGUCAGUAUGAAAAGGGAUCUGUGGCAUCCCUGUGAGUGUAUGGGGAAUAAGUGAAUUUCCAUUUGUGUUAGGAUGUUACAAAAUACAUUAGCUAUACUUGGGGUAAAACCACAAAAGUAAGAUUUCAGCACAAGCGAAACCAGUGAUUCUCCAUAAACUACACAAAACCAACAUGAAGACUGUGGAACUGAGUUACUGAUGCACCAUUCUGUACUGUGUAGUUUGAAACCCUCAUUACGAGUCUGUUAUCGGACCAAAAGUGUGAAAUUCUUGUUUAGAUAGGAGACAUUUCACGUAGUCGUGGGUAUCCAUUAACUGGUGAAAGAUUUGUGUUGCCGGUUUUGUAUGACAGGCUACAGAAUGCUCAGCUGAAGUUGGGAAACUUUGAAAAGGCGAGCUUUACGUAUUUUGACAGAACUGGAUGAGCUCCUAAUGGACCAUGUUAGACUGUAUUUUUGCCACUCAUUCCCCUCGGUUUUCGUCUUGUGUUCUUGCUGCACUGUAAGUUUAGUCAGAAGAAACAACUUCGCUAUCGAGUUUAAUCUAUGAAUAAAUAUUUUACGUUGAAACAAA